UAUAAUACGAUUUGAUGUGGGUUAAUAUCUGAAGCGUUUUGAUAAUUCUUUGAUCGAUUGCAUUAUUAACUAAAAAUUAGAUCGUAAUGACCAUUAGCCCGUGCCAAUAGCUCAAUAAUGAUGACGCACUCUAUGCAAGCGACUCAUCAUCUACAAGCAGAGACUUGUUUCUGCAUGUAUUUUCUUGUUAUACCCAUUCUCCGAAGUCAUUAAUCACUAGCCCCACGGCAACAUCUCAUUAUGAUGUUUGUCCAUUAGCUUUUUGUUAUUAAAGACAUACCGACGACGCACUUUUUGCAGACGAGUCAUCAUCUACAAGCACAGACUUGUUUCUGCAUGUAUUUUCUUGUUGUACUCCCUCUCCGAAGUCGUUAACCACUGUAUAUAAAUAGAAGAAGGGUGAUGAAUACACAUUUUACUCUUAGUUGUUGUGUCGCUUCAGCUGGUGUUUCGUUUUGCAAUUCUACCAAGUGUCAGUUGUGUCUGAUUGUUUGUUAUUAUUAUUAGUUGUUGCAGUGCUAGUGUCUGUGUAAAUAAUAAUAAGAUAAACAUGUACGGAUUUAAACGUUCUGGUGAUAUUCCCGAAGAGUUGUCACAAGUCAUCAAAAGGAGAAAGAAAAACACCAGUGCAGGUGUGGAUCUUCACGCACAAGAAGAACGUUCCUUGGUUAACGUCGAAGACGCUGUACAUACCAAACACCAAAACAUGAUGAAGAGCAAUCCUCCUCUGAAAAUGGAAACAUCUGAAAUCAGUCUCCCAUCUUCUCCCGAGCCACCGCGUGCAAUGGAGGGUGAAUCUAUGAUAACUGUUGAUGAAUGGAACAAUGUCGAGCAGUCAAUCGAUGCAGCGGCGAAAGCUUUGGAGAAAGAGAAGCUACGAAGAAAAGUAACAAAUGAAAAGUAUCGAUUGGUUGAUGAAACAAUUUUACCAUUGACUAGAUCCGGUAGCAAAUUUAUAAGUAUCGGUAUGCAACCAUUCAAGGAUUACGAACCAGUAAUCAAGAUGUACAAUCCGAGCCUCACAGCUGCAGCCGUUUUUAAUCAUCAAGAAUUUAUCGAAUUUCUGGAGAAGCUGGAGCUCACAGAGGACAAAAUUCGUGAUAUUCCGAAAGAUGUGAUGCUGUUCGAAACAAGGAAGUAUGACGUUAUUCUAAAGAAGGGGAUGGUAUUGCAGUUCAAAUCAACAAGUGAAGAAGAUGUAUAUCAAUCUCUUUUUCUACAACACGCUACGAUUGGAACUCUGUUGGCUCUAAAAGAAUAUUUCUUGGGGCAUUUGAGACAGCGUGCAUUUAAACAGAAGUUACUACCUGAUUACGACCAAUUUGUAACAAACGUUGCUUUACAUCUGAUGGAACAUGGAAAUAGUGAUUCUGAUAAAGGAGUGGACAAGGCUAUCAUCACAAUCAUCCAGGACACCUAUGAACAUGAUCCGAUGUUAUACGACAUGUGGAUGAAGACACCUUAUACUAUAAAAUCUCACAUAGAAAAGAAGUUAAGCUAUUUCACUCUACAUAAUGAUUUUAAUUGCCCCUCUGUUGUGUAA